GGGAGAGGACUGAGGGCCCGGGGCUGGACCGGUUGGGCCGAGGAGCUGCGGCGAAAGGCGGAGCACCGCGAUCUCUGUCGGGAGGCGCCACUUCCCCGGGCCCCGCGGCGCCGCGCAAGGGGCGUUCUCAAUCUCUCGCCCGCUCCCGCUUUCCACGCCCUGCCGCCCGCAGGCCACCCCGGGGCCCGGUUAUCCGCGAGCGCGUCCCCGGGCUCGGGCCCGUCCCCGGCCCUCGAGGGAACAGUAGCCUUCACCGACACCUCUGCAGAGACCGCGCCAGAGACCGCCCAGGCAGGACCCCGGCGUGAGCAUCGAGGGCCCCCCAAGGAGUGUACGACCCCCGGAGCCGCCCUCAACACGGACCGCGCCCGCCGGGCACACAAGAAUGGUCACUCAGAUACUCGGAGCCAUGGAGUCUCAGGUGGCGGGGGGCCCGGCCGGCCCGGCCCUGCCCAACGGGCCACUCCUUGGUACAAACGGAGCCACUGACGACAGCAAGACUAACCUCAUCGUCAACUACCUGCCCCAGAACAUGACCCAGGACGAGUUCAAGAGCCUCUUCGGCAGCAUUGGUGACAUCGAGUCCUGCAAGUUGGUUCGGGACAAGAUCACAGGGCAGAGCCUGGGCUACGGGUUUGUGAACUACUCUGACCCCAACGACGCAGACAAAGCCAUCAACACCCUCAACGGCCUCAAACUGCAGACGAAGACCAUCAAGGUGUCUUAUGCCAGACCCAGUUCUGCGUCCAUCCGGGAUGCCAACCUGUACGUCAGUGGGCUACCCAAGACCAUGAGCCAGAAAGAAAUGGAGCAGCUCUUCUCUCAGUAUGGCCGCAUUAUCACCUCUCGCAUCCUGGUGGACCAGGUCACAGGUGUUUCUCGGGGUGUGGGAUUCAUCCGCUUCGACAAGAGGAUUGAGGCCGAGGAGGCCAUUAAGGGACUGAACGGGCAGAAGCCGCUGGGCGCGGCCGAGCCCAUCACAGUCAAGUUUGCCAACAACCCGAGUCAGAAGACAGGGCAGGCCCUGCUCACUCACCUCUACCAGUCGUCUGCCCGGCGCUAUGCAGGCCCCCUGCACCACCAGACACAGCGCUUCCGGCUGGACAAUUUGCUCAACAUGGCCUAUGGAGUCAAGAGUCCCCUGUCACUCAUCGCCAGGUUCUCGCCCAUCGCCAUCGACGGCAUGAGCGGCCUCGCGGGCGUGGGCCUGUCAGGGGGCGCAGCAGGUGCUGGCUGGUGCAUCUUCGUGUACAACCUGUCGCCAGAGGCGGACGAAAGCGUGCUGUGGCAGCUGUUCGGGCCCUUUGGUGCAGUCACCAAUGUCAAGGUCAUCCGCGACUUCACCACCAACAAGUGCAAGGGCUUCGGCUUCGUCACCAUGACCAACUACGAUGAGGCCGCCAUGGCCAUCGCCAGCCUCAACGGCUACCGCCUGGGCGAGCGCGUGCUGCAGGUGUCCUUCAAGACCAGCAAACAGCACAAGGCCUGAGCCGCCGCCGCCGCCCUCCCCACCCUCCUGGGCAGCAGACAGAGAGAGAGAGAGAGAAGGGGCCGGAGAGAGACAGCGCAGGCAGACCACGGACGGCACCAGGGUGAGCCACGUGUGGAAGCCACAGGGUGAGCACUCGGGGUGGGAGAGUCUGCCAGGAAUAGGGGGUGCCUGGGGGUCCCCCACCCCGUCCUCCUGCCCCCACUCCAGGCUGGGUCGUCCACUCUCUCCUCUUGGUUUUGUCCAUGGUGAUGGUUUUGUUUCUUUUUUCGGCUAAAAAGAAAGCAGAGAUGUGCCCCCAUCCCACCUUCAACCACCCUCCCUGGGAUGGCUUUGGGGGGGCACUAGGUGUGCCCCCCAGGCCCCCUUGCCCAGGCCUCCCCAACACCUAGGUGAGCCUGAGGGGAGGGGGAAACAGGUUUAAAAAUCCCCAAAAAAGCAAAAUGUGAGGAGGGGUGUGGGCACCCCUGGCCCGGAGCCCCUUGGUGUGAAGUGUGAGGAGCAGUGAGAGGGGCUGGAAACAGAAACAAGAUGAAAAAAAA